CCACGAGGUUUAUCGUCUCUCUUCUUCAAUUCAUGGCUAAAAUCUGAAUCCCCAAUAUAUAAGUAAGCUCUCUUACCUUUGUUUUUCUCUCGAUUCAUUAUUCCAUCAUCCUCGACGCGAAAUCUUCUCAUAUCCUCAUUUCUUUUGAAUUCGAGCAUUUAAUUUUGAUCCAAUAAAGGCUGAUGUUGAAGUAGGCGGCCGGUGAGCGUAGAAACACGGAAAAAGGAAUCGAUCGAUGGAAGCUGAAGCUGGAGCAGGAGCAGAAACCCUAAUUUGUUGAAUUAUGGUUACAGUGAGUUAAAAUGGGGAGGGGGAAGAUUGUGAUCCGAAGAAUCGACAAUUCGACGAGCAGACAAGUGACGUUCUCGAAGAGGCGCAGCGGAUUGAUGAAAAAGGCGAAGGAGCUCUCAAUCCUCUGCGAUGCCGAAGUUGGAUUGAUCAUCUUCUCCAGCACUGGAAAACUCUACGACUUCUCAAACUCCAGCUUAAGAUCUGUAACCGAAAGAUACAAGAAAAUUAAACAAGAGCAAUACCAUCUACUCAAUCCUGCUACUUCUGAAAUCAAGCUUUGGCAAAGGGAAGCAACAAGCUUAGGACAACAACUCCAGUAUUUGCAGGCAAGACACAGAUGUCUUUUGGGAGAAGAACUUACAUGUUUGAGCAUCACAGACCUCCAAAAUCUGGAAACUCAACUAGACAUGAGUUUGAAAAGUGAAAGCACUCUGAACGAUGAAAUCAAAGAGUUAGAUCGCCAGGGAAGCCUCAUCCAACGUAAAAAUAUGGAACUCCACAAGAAUUUAAGCCUUGUCCGAAAGGAGAACACAGAAUUGCAGAAAGAGGUUUAUCGUCAGGACAGUGUCACAAGCGAUGCACAUAGGGUCGAACAUGAUGUGCAUGUAAUCACAGCUCUUGGGCUAAGCCAACCAAAAUACCAAAAUGAAAGCACAUUACAAAACAUGAUGAAGUUUGGGUAGCAAAGUACACAUAUCUCUAUUCAUGCUUCUACUGCAGUGACUUAUCAGAAGAAAUGAAGACAUAUUUAUCUUGUGUUUCUGAUGCUUAAUCCAAAGCAUAGACCAUUUUAGUAGUGUUACAACAUGAAUUUGUGUGCAUAUAGAAUUGCAUGUAUCCCGGUUUGAUUAAAUCAUAUUGAAAAUAUUUACUGUGUGUCGUGGAUAUAUUCGAUGAAACGGUCUCAUAAUAAAUGCAAUAGAAAAAUAUGAGUUGUUGCAUUUGAUCCAAAAUUUUAAGUAGUAUGUGUUGAUUUGAAGGUAUGUAGGGAUGAAGUGAUCUUGCCAAAACAAUACUAUUUCUUCAUGCAUGUCAAUAGAUCUAUCAUCAUGUAAACUCAUCACAAAAAUUACACAAACAACUAUAAUUUCAAAGGUAAUUCAAUACAAGUUUCAAGCUUUUUUCCAAACAACUCCACCUUCAAUUUAACUCAUACA